CACGAUGGUGUUGUGACGUCUGUUAUCUGCUGGAAUACGGCCCUGGUGUCUUGCUCACUGGAUAAGAAGGUCAAGUUCUGGGGUUGCGCUGAAGAUGACAGUGAUGAUAUAAGCCUUUUGUACACACAUGAAGAGGAAAGUGUUGCAGUUGCUCUUGGUGGGAUGAAUGAUUCCGAAGGAAAACCAGUCUUGUUCUGUUCGUGGAGCAACUGUAGUGUUGGGUUAUACGAGUUGCCAACACUCGAAGAGCGUGGAAGGAUUUACUCACAGAAGGAAGUAAGAGCAAUUCGAAGUGGGCCUGACGGUUUGUUUUUCACAGGGGACGCAAAUGGUGUCGUCAGCGUCUGGAAGUGGGCCAAAGCUGAUGCUGCUUGA